AUGUCCGCCGUUGAUCUCGAUGAUGUCUCCGUUGGGCGUCAAUCAAGUGUGCUGUGCCCACCUGAUCUAGAUCGUGGGGUUCGCUGGCCGCCUUUGUUGACGCAACAGGGGUGCUGGGGUGCUGCUACCCACAGUUGGAGCGCUAGUGCGGAAGCGGCCUGGGGUCAAAUCUGGUGCGGUGGAACCCGCCCCAAGCUUUUGCCGGAAGGGAUCGCCUGGGCUUGGCCAGGGAGGAAAAGGGUCAGCUGCACAUCUCCAUCCGCACAUCCUGACGUCCGCACCGCGCCUGCGCCGCCCGACGUCCCGGGCGCUUCCCAGGCAGGGCCCGACGUAUGUAAGCGUGGGAGACAGAGAGAGGACAAGACCGUUCCCAAAAACCCGAUGCUCCAUGUAGGCCCGUUCCUCUAG